AUGCAUCAAAAAAAGUAUCGUGAAAAACUGAAAGCGAAAAGUUCGAAUAAUCCUCAUUCAUCAACAUACAAAACUCGUCAGUCCUCAGGAAAAGCGCUUCAACGUACUUUACGAUCGUUACCCAAAGAUCCACAGAAGCCUCAUGACGUCGUUCAACAUAGUGCUCAACAAUAUAAUGCUAUUCCACUCGUUCAUUUAUCGUGGCAUUUUUUCGCAACAGCCCACGGCAAGGAUGUCGUCGACAGCAUCGGGAGGACAAUUAAACGUUUGGUUUAUUUAGCAAUAUUAAGUGGACAAAGUUGUGCUUCAGCAGCUGAUUUCGUUCGCAUUGGUCAAACAAAAACGACAGCGAUUGAACUCAUUGAGAUGGAACAAUAUCGAAUCGAUGAUUCCAAAGCACAAUUGGAAGAACUUUGUAGAGUUGAGGGCCACGAAAAAUUUCUUGCAAACUUAAUUGCGCGCAAAGAAUUACACAAAGAUAUUCGAGGCAGUCAUGGGCCUAUUAACGCUGAAAAGAACUGUAUCAAUUGCAUUACGACUUUCUCGGCUGGAUUGAAGGAAAUCCACGUACUGCUAAAACACAGUCAACAUCAGUGGUGUAACCAACAAUCAUUGACAAUCAAAGUAAGGUGUAUUAAAUACAGCCUAACUUCAUUAUAUCAUGGUUAA